AUGCCAAUCACCCCACAGCAUCCGCGCCAGAAUGUCGGCCCUUUCAUCGAUAAUUUGAAUCACCUAUACGGUCUUGAAAUUCCAAACCCCAAAAUUUCUUCCCCGUCAGCUCUUGAAACGCAAACUUCGCUUCGGUGGCGAGUGUACAAGGGUCUUAAACGGCUCUACUACCAGCGCAAACCGGGCCUGGAUCGGUUGAUCCAUGGCUUCGACGAAUGGGUGGAUGGGCAGAAUUUACCCCGGACCCGUUCAGGGAACGUGCACGCGACCCGGACCAGACGCAAACGCAGCGAAGAGCCGACGAUUUUGAACGACGAGGAGAGAAAUAAGCGACUGGAAUAUCUGCACAGGUUAAUUGAAGAUGAGAUCUGGGAAGCGGAUGGUGGGACGUUGAGAGUGAAACACGUCUCGGAAAGUUCCACGGAUCGGUCCACGCAGUCUGGGUCACCUAAGAAGCGGAGAUUAUUUGAAGCGGAGGAUGAGGGGGACGACGAGUUUCAUACUGCGCCUAAUUCGCCGACAAGAUCUGCCAGGCCAGUCCGAUCGCCUGGGAUUGACUUGGCGAAGCUUGAAUUGGCGGUUCAGGAUGGUGCGAAUGACUCGGAUGGGUCUGGAUUAGCUGCUCCUGAUGGGCGAUUGGGGACGAUGAGACCACCCUCCAGCUUUGUAGAAAGAUUGACUGCAUAUCAGCCUGCUCUCCGCACAGAUCCUAGCAAAGGCUACGAUGCAGUUCCACCUGCAAGCGAAGAAUUGACCACAAGCUUUAUGACGACGACCUCGGUGUCUUCAGUGUUUACAUCUCGUUUGAAUCGGUCUUUUGACACAGACAUUACAGAGCCACUUGCGACGCAGUCGAGCUACACGGAUUCUGUGGUGGGUUGGAUGGAGCGAACCAUGACUGAUAUGGUCGAGCCGAUGGACGAAAAGAGUGCCAUUCGAGAUCAACUAGUCGAUAGUUUACUUCGGCACGGGCCAUUCUCAUUUGAGCAAACACUUAACGAGAAGAUCCCCUUGAGGUUUCGCUAUGAGUUGGAACGGAUUGGACGAGCAUGGAAUGUGCCACUGAAGAACAUGCUGAAGGGUGAUAAAGCCCCCUUUGCGAGUCAGGAUUCUUUUUGGGAGUGGAUCACACUCAAUCAUACCCAGCGUUGUGCACGACCAGUCCCGGAACGAUCCCCAUCCAAGGCUUGGGAUGCAGCUGUGGACGAUUUCAAGACAGAGAAAGCUUCAGAAGUGGUCAUCAUGUCUGGCAAUCUCGAGUGGUGCUCAGAGUCCGAGCCUGGCAUCCUUAAAUUGAACUUUGGCCCACUGAAGACGGACAAGACGUGUCGGUUUCACCGGAGAUUUGGAUCGGAUAGAUUCAUGACACUUACCUUGCCAGCCCCGGCUCGGCCACCGAAGUAUCUCCAAUUCCUCGACCAUCCAAGCGUGCUUCGCCAAAGCAUUGCUUUUUGGCUGACGCGACAUGAUCACAAAUGCUUGGGACGAACGUGGCGACCGUUCUUUGUCGAACAAGGGAAAUCCAAGGGUAAAGAGAGGAAGGAUCCCUACUUUCGCAUUGACUUUUUCGCUGUGGAUGGAAUGGAUUUCAAUCACAAUCCUCUUCAUAUGUUUCCCAUUGCACCACCGCAUCAAAAGAGCAAUACGCGUACUCCAAUGAGCGUGGAUAACUUGCUUGAGUGGCACAUGUCCUCUGCAGAAAACACUGGUCAGAGCAACUGUAAACUGUUCCAACGAAUUUCCCUAGGUUUGUCCAAGACGUUCGCCUCUGUGACUCUAAGACCUUCUCAGGUUGUCCGCUUGAGAGAUGACCCUUCGCGAAAGCUUCAAAUGAAUGAUGGCUGCGCCCUGAUGUCUAGAGGUUUGGCGAAUGCUAUCUGUGAUAAGCUGGGUAUCACCGGCGCCACGCCCAGCGCAUUCCAAGGUCGUAUUGCUGGGGCCAAGGGACUCUGGAUGGUGGACAGACAUGAAUCUUCACUUCGCAGCUUUGGUGAGGGCGCUGGCAGCGAUAUCUGGAUCCAAAUAUCCGAUACCCAGCUCAAGAUUCACCCACAUCCUCAAGAUUGGAGCGAAUCGUUUGAUCCCGAGCAAUUGACAUUCGAGGUUGUCAAGUGGUCCAAACCCCUGAACCCCGUCGAUCUAAACAUCCAGCUCUUGACUAUUCUCGCCCACGGUGGAAACUGUCGUAAUUACAUUGCCGAAUUAACUCGAAAGAGUAUCCGAGAGCCCUUCGAGAAACUAGCUGAUGUGCUCGAUCGCAACAGCAACGUUGCUUGCCGGGCUUUGCUGCAGGAGCUCAGAUCCUCGGGUGAGAAUGUAGCCAACAAGGCUCGGCAGCUGGAUCGAUGGGCGGCCAACGAUGCUGAGUUUAUCAUGCGUUUAUGUGAGGCAGGAUUUGCUCCGCGGACAUUCCAUCCCCUUCGCAAGCGUAUCCAGUAUUUCCUAAGUAAUCUUCUUGAUCGCUAUACGGAAGACCUUCAUAUCCAGGUGCCACUUUCGACGUAUGCGUUUUGCAUCGCUGAUCCGUACGAGGUUCUCGAGCCGGAUGAGAUUCAUUUUGGAUUCUCGAAAAAUUGGAAGGAUCCCGAUGGACAGUUUGAAGAUAACCUAUUGGAGGGUAUGGACGUUCUUGUCGGUCGACUCCCCGCUCACGUUCCGUCUGAUAUUCAGCGGCGGCGGGCGGUUUGGAAAAGCGAGCUUCGCCAUUUCAAAGAUGUGAUUGUGUUUCCGACGAAAGGAGACCAGCCUCUUGCUGAUAUGCUUUCCGGCGGUGACUACGAUGGCGAUACGCCUUGGGUCUGCUGGGACCCGAGGAUUGUGAAAAGUUUCCGGAAUUCCAACAUGCCUACGGAAUCUUUACCUUUUGAUCACUUUGGUCUGACAAAGUAUUCGAUUCCAAUGUCCGAGGUGCAUUCUACCGAGGAGUUUUUGCAUGGUGCCUUUGAGUUCAACCUUACCGUAUCAAAUCUCGGACGUUGCACCGUCGAGCAUGAGAGGAUUGCGUAUCAUCAAUCACUUGAUUGUCCGCAAGCUAAAGAGCUUGCCUGCCUGCUCAGUCAUUUGGUCGAUGGACGAAAAGGCGGUGUUCAUCUCUCGGAGCAGGCAUGGCAAGCAUUUCGCAAGAAAAUCAGUCCACGCGGACGGCCGCCUCCAGCGUACCGAGAUUCCGACGAAAAGCCAAAGAUGAGCAAUAUCAUUGAUUAUCUGAAGUUCCAAGUUGCCUCAAAGGAGCGAUACAAAAUUCUGGCCGAACUGGAGAGCCGAUUCCCCGAAUCGGAAUCCUCAGAUGAGAUAGACGACGAUCUCGCCCGUCCGUGGAACGACGCCUCAGAAGCAGCCAAAGUAGACCAAGAGUCUGGCGGCGAUCUCAGACUCGACCUGGACAAAGUCACCCAAUCCAUCGAAAAGCUACACAAAGACUGGAUCGCCAUGAAAAGCAACGAGAUGCCUUAUACCAUUCGCAUUCGGCAAACCGCCGAAAGUGCCCGAGCCUUAUCACCCCCGGAAGCCGGAUCGCAUCCUCUCGCACACACAUGGCGCAACAGCGCGUAUGAAUGGCGCCGUCUGCUUGCUUCAUGUGCGUACCGAAGAUACCGAAACUCGUUCUUCCCGUUCCGUGCCUUUGGCGACGCGCUGUGUCAAUUGAAGUCUUCCACUGUGCCGUCACGGACUAUUGCCAAUGAAGUUGUGGCCUGUUUGCGAAUCAAUCAGAAGAUGGCUUCUCGCCUCGUGGCGGGUGAAUUACUUGUGCAUAAUGCCGAGGUUGAGGAUAGUCAGUAUGAAGGGGAAGAUGCCAUUCUGGAGGCGAUUUUGUUGAGCCAGGAUGUGAAAUACUAUGAUGAAUUGGAUGAUGGGAUGUCGGUGGAAUAA